AGUUCUGAUACUGUAACUGAUGAAUCUGAUGAAGAUGUUGAUGAGUACCAAAACCUGGAUCCAAAGAAUGGUUCACAGAAUCCAGCUAGAGCUAUACUUAACAUUAUUUUUGGGAACAAUUUACCAGAAGACAUUUGUGAUACCAGUAUUGACUUGGCAGCUGAAAUAAAAAAAUUGGAAGAAUUUUGAUAUUAAUUAUACAAAGGAGACCAAUGUUCACAAUGUAUUUGAUACACUUUAUGUUUAGCAAAUCAAAUUUCCCCCCCCCCCCCCUCCCCCCAAUUUCAUGAUUGAUAGUUUAAAUGUUAGUUUUUCUCUUUCAUUAAAAUUUCUGCAGUACUGAAGGUGUUUUCUAACAUAUUUUAGAUACACAGUUAUCCUUUGAUACACAAAACAUAAUUUGUUAAUCAAGACAGUUUUUAAUCAUCCAGUUCCAACCUUUCUUUUUGUCAUUUUUCUUAUCUGUAAUGUAGUAUGUGCUUUUUUAUACUACAAAAAAUGAAAUAUCUCUCAGUAGAACAGUAACUGACUGUUAAUAGAAUACACAUCUAGGCAAAAAUUUAAAAUGUUAAACUGUAUGUCAAUGCUAAUUUAAAUAUUAUAUACUAUCUCACAAGUAGUCCAUUAUUAACAAAAUCAUUAAUGUUUAAGAAUUGUUAGCUUGCUUUUUCUUUAUGAUUCCACCUAGUCACUACAUAGUGAUAAGAUUGCCCCUGUUGAUGAGCAUUUAUAUAUUUCUUAAUAUUUGUUCUCUUCUAUGCAUCAAAUUAGGUGAAUGUUGUUACUUGUGCUAGGUAACGGAUUGUCUAUCUGCUGUAUUUAUUCAAAAUCUGAUGAACUAAAGUAGGAUUCGCUUAGCUUCUGCAUCAUACAUAGUCGAUAAUUACAAUGUAACAACACAGAGAUUAAUUAAAAGUUGUUUCUGCAUGUC